AUGUCCAACCUCCACGGUUUUGCAACCCACUUUCCAGCCGGCUACCCAUCCUUCCCUCCAAGAGGCGGUCCUUUUCCCGGCGCUGCGAGCUCGUCUUCUGGAGAUUCAGGGCCCGCCAAUGCGGGGCAACCGCAGUUCGACAUCUUCGAGUGGCAUCCCGCGUACCAGAGCUGCCAGCGAUACUUUCUCGACCACGCACAACACGACAACGGCGUCCAGGCCGUCGCCGCGCUCAUCAACAUCUGCCUACCGUUCCAAUGGACAUCCACACCCAUUGUGAACUCUGCCGGCCCCAUGCCAAACGCAUCAGGACCUGGCGCUUACAACCAUCCGUGGCCAAGGCAAGCUCCAGUGAACAACGUCCGGGCUCAGCCACCUCCUACGUGGGUUUCCCUCGUUCCCUACAUACGCCGACUUGUCAUUACCGGCAUGGACAAAGACGGCAUCAUGCAUGGCUUCUUCGGCGAGGACUGGCGGAAGGGAGUCGGUCCAGUGCACGAGUGCGAGCGCCGCAACUAUCUUUUCACAGCCAAGAGCACCGAAUGGGCUGAGGUCAAGCAUCAUUACGACAUGUCUCCGCAUGAAUCAGUCCCCUUUCUCAAGCCAUUGCAGGACGCUCACCUGGCAGAGAUUGAGGGUGCCGAACAGACGUGGAGUCAGUGGCUGGCAAUGCAGGACUGGAUGGUGGGUCCUCGGGCGCCCAACCUGGAUGGGGAAGCCAAAGGCGAGGCUUGA